UGGCCAACCUGCAAAAUGGUAAAGUUACUAUUUUUAACCACAGAAAUAGUAAAACUAACCGAAUAAAAUUGUAGCUCUACUAUUUUGAUUGUUAAUCUAACCGAAAAGAGAGUUUAUGCGAUAAGAAUAACGGCACUUUUGAUGCUUUGCUUCUUUUCUUCUUUCAUAUUCAUUUGCAAACUUUUCAUGGACGUUGUUAUUUGCGUAGGUGCAGUGAAGUGAAAUUAUAUUAAUUAAUAUAUUAAAAUUAAGUGUUGAUGAAUCUUAACAAUAGUGAAUUGUUUUCGCUAAAUAUUUUGCGUGCUGUGGAGGCGGAUGAUAUGGAUAAUCCUGAUCCAGAAGACACGGAAUUUUGUAAAUUGAUUUUGGAGUGGGGAUUUUCACAUAAAAUCGCUGAAUUUAAAGCGCAAGCAAUAACCUUGAAAAAUUUGCAAUAUCUGACGGAGUCUGACCUUGCUGAUUUGUUUAAAAACGACACCAUUGGUGCUAGAGCGGAAUUCCGCCAUCAACUCAUAACUUGGAGGAAAACAAACGGGUAUGGUAGCGUGUCGACGUGCGAUACAGCGUCCGCCAAUUCUGGUUUUGUUGACUUUGUGCAGCAGUGGCGACAGCGGAUCAACAAUGGCAUCGAAUCUCCUUCAUGCUCACAAACAUCCAGUUCAUCUUCACAUGACUUCGAUUUGCAGCAAGUGUUAAGUGCCCAUCCAACUGGCGAGUAUGUUCUGCGACUGGACAAACUAGAUGACGCUGGGAGGAAGAUCUUAAUUGAUGCCACUGUGUCGUGGUUUAUUAAAAGAAAAAUCAAAAUAUGCCGAAAUACAUUCCAAUCUAUUGCGCAAGAUAUUGCAAACAGGUUUAAAGAUGACAAGUCGAUUUACUACCACAAAGAUCCUAUUACCUUGAGACCAGCAGGCCGCUUGUACGAUAAAUAUUACAACACAUUGAAGAGAUUGAGAAUUCACCGGAUUUCCUGAAAGUUCAACUCCUGAGGCAUCACCGACAGAAGAAUAUACAUUUACUUUCGAGGAUGAAAAAUGUAACGCCACUACAAUAGCUUUUGUUUUGUAAUUAUUUCAUAUAUUUUUAUGCAGCUGCCUAUGACUGGCUCAAACUUUUUGAUUCGCCGUGGAGCACAGUUGAAGCAAAUUGGAAAAAACCUUCAAAAUCAGACGACAAGAAAUUUUUAACUCAAGUGGUAGCACAUCAGCGAAAACUUUACGGGCCUGGAAACUUUUUUCCCAUUCAUGUGGAUACAAUCUGGUAAAUGGAUUUCUUAGUUUUACGUUUAAACUUGU